CUUCUUUUUAUGUCUCUAGACACUUAUGAAAAAGCCUGUUUAAAGCUAAAGACUGCCGAAGACACAUCAGAUUUGCUAACAGAGCCUGAACAACAACAGCCUGUACGCUUGAGAACAAAGAGAAAAAUAAUUGACUACAACAUUGAUACCACUCAGAUUAUGAGUGACAAUGAUAUUGAGUUUAGUGUUGCAAAAAACAUUAAGAAAUCACUUUAUCCAAAGAAAGAUUUACAAAAUGCACCAUUUGUACCUCCAUUAUCGCUUCAACAAUCAGUGUCCUUGAUGUCUGAAGAAGUAUUAUUUUCUAAUAAAACCCCGUCAAAUGAGGCUCAGUGUAUACUAUCUCAAGAUGUUUCUGAAAAGCUGGUUACAGUACUUAUGGAGAUAAAAAGUGAGUUAAAAGAUUUAAAACGCCAAACUGAGUUUAACACAAAAAUGUUGCAGCAAAUGUUAGAGUGCAAGGAAGACGAUGGAAUUUUAGAAAAAUACAGCUUUCCUCUUGACAAUUUAGAAGAAUUGUGUGAAAUUGAAAAACUCCUUGCAGCUGAUAAGGCAGCAUUUAACAAACUUAUAAUAGCAGUGGCUAGCAAAGGAGGCCAGACUUUAAAGGAGGCUGUGCGGAGAAUGACUUUUGCAUUAUUCACAAAUAACCUCUGCUGUAAACUGAACUGGACUGGUAUUACCAGAAAAGAUAAUGAAAGCAUCUUUGUAAAACAAAGUCUAAAAGACUUACAAUGUCGACAUGUGCUUGAAAGUAAUUUUUUUUUUUGA